AUGAUUGUAACAGACACUCCCACCUUGUAUCUCUCCAUAUACAUCAUUGCAUUCCUGAUCGGUCUCCCUAAUGCAGUACUGGCAUUCUGUUGUUGCAUCCGCAAGAUCCACAGUAAACCUCUCCCUAUUGACAUAAUCAUGUUGAACCUCGUGAUUUCUGACCUCAUCUUCCUCACCUUCCUCCCUGUGAAGAUGAAAGAGGCAGCAGAUAAUAUGGUCUGGAAUAUGCCAGAUAUCCUGUGUCAACUUAAUCUGUUCCUUUUCUUCCUGCCAAUUUACGGUAGCUGCCAUUUUUUGGUGGUAAUUAGCACUGAGCGUUAUGUAUGCGUCGCUUUCCCAGUAAAAUACAAGAAUCCGAGGAGAAUCACUUAUACGAUACUGAUAUGUAUUGCUAUCUGGAUGUUCACUAUAGCAAGUGCUGUAUUAACUUACAUGGCUGCGUACGGUGGUUCUAAUAAUGUCACUAACUACACAGUACAUCAACUGUGUUACACUAACUUUACACCAGAGCAACUUCAAAAUGUGCUCAAAAUCCGACUGGCUUUUGUAGCAGUGUUUUUCUGUAUGCCUCUCUUUAUUUGCUGCUUUUGUUACAUCAAUACCAUUCGUAUUCUGUUAAAGCUUCCUCUUAUUAAACGUUGUCGCAAGCUCCGGGCCAUUGGAAUGGCUUUUGGGACGCUGCUUGUGUUUGCUAUUUGUUUUGCACCUUACAACGCAUCACACAUUGUGGGCUACAUUACACAAGAAAAUCCGAAGUGGCGCAUGUACACUUUAACUUUCACCACUUUAAAUGCAUGUUUUGAUGCUAUAAUUUUUUACUGCAUCUCUUACGAGAUGAGAUUGGCAUUUAAAGUCUGUAAAAAAGGUUUUAUUCAGUUUUAUGUUCGUAUAAAAAGUUUUUUUUACUUAAAUAAAUUGUACAGAACACAUAUGUAA